GAUCAUAUGACUCCUCACAAAACAACAAGCCUAAAAUCCGAAUUAAUUGUCAAGAGGGUAAAAAUAACCAAAUUAGGCCGCCGCGGGCCCGGUUCACUGACGUCUUACGUUUGAAUUGACAAUAUUUAGUCCACGUCUGCGUUCAGAUGGAAUCUUUCGAGUGGAAAAGCGAAGAGAAGCAGCUGAAAUGAGCUAUUACAAAGAGGAGCUGAACAAUGCACCCCCCUUACCGCUGGAGCCUCUUCCUAAGGGAGGCGAAGAUGACCGCCGGCUGUGGAUUGGCAACUUGGACUCGAGGGUCACCGAGUUUACUUUACUGAAACUGCUGCAAUCCCAUGGUGCCAUUGAUAAGUUUGACCUGUUGUUCCACCGUAUUGGUCCCCUGGCUGGCCAGCCAAGAGGCUACGCAUUCGUCACCUACAAGACUGCCUCGAGCGCUAGCAAUGCCAUGAAAAAUUUGCACGGCAAACGGAUCGGGACCAAAAACAUCAACGUUCGACUUGCCACAAGUGUUCCUAAAGAAGAUCUUGAGAGACAAAAGCCAGAAAUUAAUAUUCCAGCACUGGCCGGAGCAAAAAAAUCUGGCUUGACUAAUGCAAGCUCCAUGACAAAAAUCCAAGAGAUCGAGGCCCAACUGCAGAGAAUGCAAAAUUCUUCCGAUGACUUCAACCUGACUGCCACAGCUUCGGUAGCAAACGCUGCCCCCGCAGGUCCCCUGGUUGUGCCAGGCAUGGUGCUCUACAAGCAGCAGCCGCAGCACAGAGAGAAAACGGCGCCUUACAGCAAAAAUGAUCGGAGGCACCACAGACACCGAAGAUAACUUUCAAGGGGAGAACCCGUAUGUAACUAACUGAAACGAGAAUCUCUGUUUUUAGAAAACUGCUCUGUAAUUUAUGAUCUAGUAUUAUUUUUGUGCAACGACUUAUUAUGAGAAUACUCUAUUGGUAUUGAAUAAAUACACUUGAGCUGCGGCUGUCUGAAUCGAAGCCACCUGCAGUUUGAUCAAAUGUUA